AGUGCGAUUGCCGUGGGCACGGUACAUACCAGUGCCGUCCCAACCAUCGAUCAGUGAGGAUCAAAGUUUGCUUGCAUCGUUCUACCAAACCAAACGAUCAUGAAGCUGCUGUUUCUGUUGAGCUUCCUGCUGUGCGCAAUCCUGGCCGCGGCCGGAAAGUACUCGUGCCCGGCCUGUCCGGCUAGUUAUCUGCCAGUGUGCGGUACCGAUGGCAAAACGUACGCCAACGAGUGUGCCCUGGAGUGUACCGUGGCGCCGAAAGUUCAGGUGGCUCGUUCUGGCGAGUGCUAGCAGGGAAGGAGUUGAACCCAGUAGAACCUUACAACCCGGAAACCGGAUAUUCCUCAGGAAGAGGGACAGUGCACCACUGCUAGACGAGCUCAGUUAUCCUUACUUUUGUCCAACAAUAAAAUUAAUGUGCUGAUACAAAACGCUACCUUACAACGGAGCGAGAGGUGUGAUUUGUGAUCCAUCCUUCUGGGGGUAAGGGUCUGUUACAUUCGAAGGAAAGAAAAUAAAACCCGGCAAGAGGACAGUGCUAAAAACCCUUAA